UACUAAUUUAGUAUAGUGGAGUGCAGUGGCGAGAACAUCAUCUGGAACGUCAUCGUAAUAACAAAUCGAUCAAAUCAAAUGAAUUUAACAUUUUUAAAUGUAAUUUACGUGUAUGAAAUUGUAUGUGAAAUGUUGUAGAGGUUUUAUUCGGUUAUCAUAGUAAUAUUGUAAAUGUAAUUUUUGCGGAAUUAUAAUAAAAAAACUCAUACCUUGUAGUAUAUAAAUAUCCGAAAAACGUUUACUAAUACAUGUUACAUUCCAAUGUCUAUAUUGGUACAUUGUUAUUUUAUGUUCACCGGACAGUUUAUUUUUGCAUAAGUAUAAAAUAUUAUUGUACUUAACAGAAGUACAACUUGUAAUCAGUUUUUGUAAAAAUGUUGACACCACGGUUUGAAAUAACACAAACCGAUGCGGAAGUGGCAAUAAUAAUUCAUGCACCAUAUGCCAAUGUUAAAGAUACAGAAGUUUAUGUUGAUGGAUCAGAUUUUAGAUUUUAUUCCACACCAUAUUAUUUAAGGUUAAAACUUCCUGGCGAAAUUGAGGAAAAUGACAUGUCUUUUGGAUCAUAUGAUUGGGAAAAAGGAGAUUUCUCUUUGAGAUUCACAAAAGUGACAAAAGGGGAAUAUUUUGAAAAUUUAGACAUGAUAACUACAUUAUUAGCACCACCAAAAAAGAAAAAUACAAUCGUUCCCAAUAUUGAAGUAAUUGGAAAUCCAUCAGCUAAUUCAGAAGAUAUUAAUGACAGUUCAAAUGAGCAUGAUUCCACAGUAGAUAAUGAAAACACAAAUGGAGAUGAGUGGUAUAUAGACCAAAAUAAUCCUACAGAAAUUAUUCCUCUUUUAACUGGUUCCCCGAAAUAUGGUUUUGCAAAUAAAGUAUCUGAAGCUUUAGUAGCUUUUGAGGUGGCAUGGAUUCAAGAAAUAAUAGAUCUUCCAAUGCCUGAUACAACACCUCAGGCUAAACGGAGAAAUUUAAGAGAAAAAAGAGAACUUUCAGAUUUUAAUGAAGAGCAUUAUUUAGCAGAUCUUAUGCAACCAGAGUAUAUAAAACCAUACAUAUCAUUUACAGCAGAAUGGGAUACCUUGGAAAAAGAAAGUAUUUCAUUGAAUGAAUCAGAAGUUGACUUAUUAAAAGAACUUCCAAAUAAAGAGUACUUAUUAAGCAAUAAAGAAACACACAAGUUACUUUUAAGUUUAGUUGAUAUUUUAUUUGGUAGUUGUUACAAUCAUAGAACAACAUUGGGAGAAAGUACAGUUGAAAGCAGUUGGACUAUUGCUAAAUUAAGUUCUACUUUAUCUUGGUUUGAGGAUUUCACGGACCCAAAAGAAGUUGUAAUAGCAUGUUUUAGAAGGUCAUUGUGUUAUCCGCUAUAUAGAAAUUGGAAUCUGUCUAUAAAAGUUUUUGAGGAUGUGAAGAAGGUUAUUAAAUUGGGUAAAAAGUAUAUCAUUAAACGUUUUUGUGAAAUACAUAGUUUGUUCAAUAAUUCGUGCGAACCACGGUAUAUAUUAAAUCAACUGUAUAUAAAAGAUUAUUUAGUUUGGCUACAACAAAUUCAGGAAUCUCUGAUAGAAUCAUUGGACUUGCUAAUAACUGAUAUUCAACCAACUAAGGAAGAAAUGGGAUUUGAUUUAGUAGAGUUAGAACAAGCAGCUUAUUCGGUUACAGAAGAUCUCAUUAUAGAAAAUUUUGUUCAUGAGAUGAUGGACCAACUAGAUGAAUUAACUAUUAAUAACAACGAUAAAGAUAAGCUAAAGACUAUAUACUACAUUCAUGAUAAACAUUCUUUAAAGUAUGUGUUAUCGAGUAGCUCGAGUUCAAGCGACAGCAGCGACACAGACUCAGAGUCCGAUUCGGAAACUUCAAGCGACAGCAGCGAUACAGAUUCAGAGUCCGAUACAAAACGUAGUACUUCGAGUACUAGUACUACAAGCAAUAGUAGUCAUUUAGACUCUGAUGAUGCAAGUGAACCAGAGUGAAUGAAAUAUGUAUGCAUUUAAUGUUUACCUAUUAUAUACAAAUUUGAUGUUUUUACGUGUUUAUCUUAGCGAAGAUUUACCGCCAACGAACAUCUCCAACAGUAAUAUGUUUAAAACGCUUUAAUUUACUUAUAGUGUACAAAUAAAAGUUUCUAACUGUA